CGAAAUAGCGCCCCCCAGCCUAAAUACCCCCAUAUACUGCCUCACACACUGGCACGGCCUCCAACCUACCCCAAAUACCGACCCCCGACCUAAAUACCCCCAUAUACUGCCGCACACACAGACCCUGCCUCCAACCUACCCCCAAAUACCGAUUGCCCACCUAAAUACCCCCAUAUACUGGCUCACACACUAACCCUGCCUUCAGCCGACCCCAAGUACUGAUCCCCGACCUAAAUACCCCUAUAUACUGCCUCACCAAAUGACCCUGCCUCCAACCUACCCCCAAAUACCGACCCCUAAAUACCCCCAUAUACUGCCUCACCAAAUGACCCUGCCUACAACCUACCCCCAAAUAGCGACCCCUGUCCUAAAUACCCCUAUAUACUGCCUCAUAUACUGACCCUGCCUUUAACCUACCCCAAGUACUGACCCUCGACCUAAAUACCCCCAUAUACUGGCUCACACACUGACCCUGCCUCCGACCUUCCCCCAAAUACCGACCCCUGGCCUAAAUACCCCCAUAUACUGCCUCACCAAAUGACCCUGCCUCCAACCUACCCCAAGUACUGACCCCCGACCUAAAUACCCCCAUAUACUGCCUCACCAAAUGACCCUGCCUCCAACCUACCCCCAAAUACCGACCCCUGGCCUAAAUACCCCCAUAUACUGCCUCACCAAAUGUCCCUGCCUCCAACCUACCCCAAAUACCGACCCCCGACCUAAAUACCCCCAUAUACUGCCGCACACACAGACCCUGCCUCCAACCUACCCCCAAAUACCGAUCGCCCACCUAAAUACCCCCAUAUACUGGCUCACACACUAACCCUGCCUUCAGCUGACCCCAAGUACUGAUCCCCGACCUAAAUACCCCUAUAUACUGCCUCACCAAAUGACCCUGCCUACAACCUACCCCAAAUACCGACCCCUAAAUACCCCCAUAUACUGCCUCACCAAAUGACCCUGCCUACAACCUACCCCCAAAUAGCGACCCCUGUCCUAAAUACCCCUAUAUACUGCCUCAUACACUGACCCUGCCUUUAACCUACCCCAUUUACCAACCCCUAAAUACCCCCAUAUACUGCCUCACACACUGAACCUGCCUUCAACCUACCCCAAGUUCUAAAAAAGUACCCCUAAAUACCCUUAUAUACUGCCUCACCAAAUGACCCUGCCUCCAACCUACCCCCAAAUACCGACCUCUAAAUACCCCCAUAUACUAGCUCACACACUGACCCUGCCUCCAACCUACCCCAAAUACUGAUCCCUGACCUAAAUACCCCCAUAUACUGGCUCACACACUGACCCUGCCUCCGACCUUCCCCCAAAUACCGACCCCUGGCCUAAAUACCCCCAUAUACUGCCUCACCAAAUGACCCUGCCUCCAACCUACCCCAAGUACUGACCCCCGACCUAAAUACCCCCAUAUACUGCCUCACCAAAUGACCCUGCCUCCAACCUACCCCCAAAUACCGACCUCUAAAUACCCCCAUAUACUAGCUCACACACUGACCCUGCCUCCAACCUACCCCAAAUACUGAUCCCUGACCUAAAUACCCCCAUAUACUGGCUCACACACUGACCCUGCCUCCGACCUUCCCCCAAAUACCGACCCCUGGCCUAAAUACCCCCAUAUACUGCCUCACCAAAUGACCCUGCCUCCAACCUACCCCAAAUACUGACCCCGACCUAAAUACCCCCAUAUACUGGCUCACACACUGACCCUGCCUCCAACCUACCGUAUGGCGGUACAGGAGGCAGGGAUGAUACGGUACUAUACAGAACAUAUACCGGUGCUGUACGGCUCCUGCACCUGGUGAUGAUGUGGAGUCAGUUAAAUCCACAUGCACGCUGACCAACUGCCGAGCGAUAACGGACAGUGACACGACGAGGACAGACUGCAAGGUACAGUGAUACCGGACCAGCGAUGGAGUUUGUCUCUGGCUACCGCGACCCUGUGCUGGAGUAUUCGGAGCUCCUGUUCAGCUGGUAUCGGCGAUACAUGAAGGAUUAUGCGGGCAGACUGGACCGCCUGGCGAUCCAUCCCCAGCAGGAGACGAAGAUCAAGUCCCUGCCAUAUGACGCCACCUGCUGGUUCCUACAUGUCCUGCAUAACGACAGCAUUGCUUUCCGGCCCCGAAACACUGAGCUGCAGAUCCGAGACGUCUUCUACAUGGAUGACGCCCUGCGCUUCAGAGACCUGAAGAAGUACAUCAGCUUCAUCAACCUGCAGGAAGAGACAGAGGGCGAGACCAGCACCAGAGACGCCAAUGCAGCCAACUCUGAUGACGUUCGCCAUAUCAAGUACCUGCUGCUGGUGGCCAUAGAGACGGGCGCCGUGAUUGGCGUUGACUUUCUGAUGGACAACGAGUGCAGCGGCAAGAAGGUCCAGUACGUGUGUAAACUGAGGGCCUACCACCUGCUGUGUCAGUGCAUGGCGCUACCCAUGGACAACGGGCAGCCUCGACGCCCCCAGAGAGUGGCCAUCGGAGACCCUUCUGUGCACAGAUUCCUGGUGAAGAUCCUUUCUUCCUUGGGGGUCGGAGUGCAGAAGACACCGAUGAGAGACUGGUCAUCGAGCGCCACCUUCCUCUUCUCUGCCCAGACCGUGCAGUGCUGCCACGUGUGUAAGAGGCGGAAGUUCGAGGUCAUGUUAACUCCUUGUGACACAUGUGACGCCGUGCUGUACUGUUCAGAGGACUGUAAGAUGCAGAACUGGAAAAAGUCUCCCUGGGAUGUCAGCCAUGAGUUCUGGUGCGAGAAGAUGAAGCGCUUCAUGCAGUACGAGGAACGACUGGCCGAUCUUCCCUUUCACUUCAUCAAGGAGGUGACCAGCCGCCUAUUUGACAAGGAGCUUUUUCUGAGCAGUCGGAAUCUCAUCGGAGGAUACUGGACGGUGGAGAGCAUCCAUUACCACACCAGCCACCUGCAGGGGAAGAGUCCGGCCUGGAACCUGGAGGAAGGAAGAGGAGAACCUCUGCUGAAGCAUAUAGACGUCUUGAGGCUGCAGCCUAAAGAAAGGCUCAAGAGCACAUUGUUGUCCUGGAAGGAGUAUUAUAACUGGAGAGGCCUGAGCUUAGACAACCCUCUAGCCGCCCUUCUGACCUACCCGCUCACCAUCUACUACAUCAUCUCCACACUCGUUCCCCAGCACUUUCCAGAGCUGAACAUUCUGAAGAAACAAUCAAUGAAAAUCCACAUCAUGGCAGGCGGGCAAGAAUACCACAACAUCCUGCUCUUCUGGGAGCUGGUACUGCUGAUGCCCCACGUGGUCCUGGAAUUGGUGUUUGUCGGCAGCGACCUCCCUGUGGAGGAAGAUGACAGAAGCUUCAUCAUACUGAAGAAGGGAUCGGAAGUGCACUGCUCUGACCUGACCUAUGUGGACAAGGACAGAGGAGCACGGGGGAUACACGUCAAGGUCCAUGCCCGGCCGUACCACACCCUACAAGUGGCAAAGCCCGACCUCGUCAUCGGGUUCAACUCCGGAUUUGGAUUAGACGAUACCUGGCUGAGUACCUUACCCCGAUUGCAGGCUAUGAAGGUUCCGGCCUUUUUCUCGGAUUGCUCGCAGUACAGUUGUGAGGUGGACGGUCAGGUGGUCUCUGGAGCUUCAGGAGGCAGCGCCAGUCUCCCCAUCCUCAACCCCUUCCGCUCACCCCUGAGAAUUGUGGCCACAGAUAACAACAUGCCAUGGUAUAAGAACGCUUUCCUCUUCUAUUUGAUCUACAAAUCUAACCACAUCAGCACCAAGCGUAAUAACCAUGUGCCAUACAGCGCCCUCCAGGCUCCAUCGCCAGACACCGCGGCGGAGGCGUCUCCACAGAAGAAGAAGAAUAAGUCCGGACGGAACCAGUGCAAGAAGCGCAAGUGACAGGCGCCAUAAUAAAGAAGUGUAUGAUU